CUGUUACACAAAUUAUUUCCCUCUGUGUAGAACGACAAGAUCGUUUUGGUUCAGCCAAUCCAUAUUGCAUAAUACGUUGUGGUAGAAAAUUUGUAAAAUCAUCAAUCCGUUAUGAAACAUUAAUGCCAACAUGGGAAAAUUUUUCCGCUAUAUUUUAUCAUCGUAAUAUUGAUAAAAUGAAACCAAUUUGUAUUGAGAUAUGGCAUCGUGGUAUACUUGUUGAUUAUUUUUUAGGUUCAGUCAAAUUUCGUCCAAAAUUAACAACAAUGAUUAUCGAUGAUGAUGGUGGUGGCGCUGAUGUUCAGAAUUCCAAUGAACAAUUUGUCGAUCCAGAGCAACAAGAAGAAGAACAACAACAACAGGAAGAACAACCGAUCGAUGAUCAACCGAACGAUGAAGCAACAAUGUCCAAAUCCGAUGAUAAUGAUGCUGUUGAUUUAAAUUAUCAGAUGAAUAUUGAAACGAUAAGCAACGACGAUGAUAAUGACCAAGACCAUGACCAUGAUGCUGAUUCAUCAAUUGAACAACAACAACAACAACCAAAUCAUAAUCGAUUACAAAAUGAAAAUGUUUUAACUGCUGCUCCUGCUGAUGAUAAUCAUCAUGAUCAGGAUUUUAUUUGUCUUCAAUUAAUGGAUAAAAAAGGUCAUCUAAAACGACCAGGAUUUGUUUUAAUACGUUCAAAAACGAUUGAAGAUUUAAAAUAUUUUUAA